CCCUCAUUUGUCCCUGGUAAAUAUAGCGGGCCAAACCAUGGUCACUAUGUCAGCAUCAUCAAGACGUUGGGUGCCUGGCUUGUAUUUGAUGAUGAAACGGUGGAGUCGAUCAAAGAAUCCGACAUACCCAAGUACUUCGGCGAAUCCAAUUCGGGUUCCGCCUAUGUGCUCUACUACCAAGCUGUGGAUCUAGACCUUGUCGCUCUUGAUUUGUGUCCGACAAGUCCACAUGUUCCUGAGGAACAUUUACAUCAACAACUCCCUACAGAUUCCCCUGCAUCGCUUUCAGAACCUAUACCAUUGCCUCCCGGGUUGUCUGCAGAACCUGCAGAGGCAGAAAAUGCUGAGACUGCGCCUAUACUACCCCCACCAUCUUUACCCAUGAAUAUUCCCGUUUCUCCUACUGAGAGACCAUUGCGCAAAAUCCCCUCGGAAUUUAUGAAACCUAGCCCUCCCCCAGUACCUCCGUAUCAUGCAACAGUUGGUCGUGGCUCGUCACUGAAGCCAUCCUCGCCCGCUCGUAAUGGCAUACUCAAACAUGUCCCCUCACUGAAGAUUGGUUUAGACAAGCGUGACACGGCUGCAAAAUCCACUGCUCCCUUCCCUAGGUCCGAGCCAUCAGAUCCGCUGCCACCUGUUCUGCCUGACCUUGCUCUACGGAGUCCGAAUGGCAAGGAAAAGGACACAGAGAAGAAGAGCACCUACUGGUUCCGAAGGAAAAGCCUUAGAUCGGGAGGGAAAGCACAUCCGACCUCGGAAGCUGAGGCAAAUAAUAUGCCAUUGCCUCCUGUCGUGCCCUUGGAUACGUCGUCAUCUCCGUCGAAGUUCCACACUACUGGGUCGACAUCGAGGCAUUCCAAGGAUAAUGGUUCUGGACAUCCGUCGGAGCCGGCAGGUCUUGAUCGUCCUGUAGCACCUUUUAUGGUUCAUCGCCGCCCUUCGUCUGCUUCCGGCCCUGUUCGGGCAUCAUCGCAUAGUACGAGCAGUCGACGAGAUACUUCGAGCUCGCCUUCCAUCUCAGCCACUACAUCAUAUUCUUCACACACUACAAGCACUUCAUCAUCGACAUCUCCUGACCAUCACCCACACACCACUCGCCCCUUGCCAAUGAUACCUACUCCUCUGCAAAACUCAAGCAUAGCACAAUCCCCUCCUUCAGUUUAUCCUCGAGGCCACUCAUCUGAGUAUACGCGACCGCACAAACGGCCAACGGCGUCACAUCAUGACUUGGAGUCACCAAGAUCACCUAAAUCCCCAGCUCGGCCGACGACUGCAGGUGCUACGCUUGGUUCACGCUCCUCUACAACUAUACUUCGGGACCACAAUCUUCCUCCAUUGCCAGGUGCUGUGGGUGAUCUACCCAACGGGACAUUGCCCAUGACACUGCCUCGUUUGGACAAGGGCGAGACGCAGGCGAAAAGUAAGUUGUACGAGGAAGGCGCGACGGGCUUGUCUAAACGGCCAAAGUCAAUACGUGCAUCUACCGCCCUGGAGGCAAUUUUACCAUCUAGCGCUUCCACUAAUACCACUAGUGCUAUGAAGCGGGCGAGUCGGAAGUUGAGCUUCACCGCAUCAUUCCAGUUUGGCCGCAAAGAUAAGCAGCGCUAGAAGGGGAAAGAGCAGGAAUGAGUGUCCCGGUCCGGUAAUUCGAUCACCUACUCCUCUUCUCACUCGUCCAGAGCCUGACGCACGCUAGAAUUGUAUUCUAUGGUAAAGAUGUGUUUACCUAUAUCUUGUUUAAUGAUCUUGAUUACCAUUUUCUUGCUUGAGCAGUUGCCUCAUGGAAAGGUUUCAGUCAUCUAUUCUAAUUACAAUCGCAUACAGCUUUUAUCCCGCAAA